UUCUCUGUACGAUGCACACUCGCGCACAGUUGCAGAUUUAUGUUAAGCCAAAUCUCUAACUAUAUUUAUUAACAAUCUCCCUCCCUCCCACACUUUUCUCAAAAUUGGUAAUCAAUGUUUUUUUAAUUUUCUUUCUUCAAAUCCAACUAUUUAUUGCUUUCCCUCUGUAACGUUUUCAUUCUUCCCUAUGCUUGACUGUUGCACACUAAUCCACCCACCCACAUUACUCACUCCAUCCUCUUUUUUCGCUUUUUUGGGGUUUUGUGAUCUUCUUCAGUCUAGUAAUCUUCUAGGUUUUGUACUGUUUUUCUUUUAUUUUUGGGGGAUUUCUGUUUCUGGGUUGUGGUAAAAUCUUUGAGAGAGGCGUUUUUUGAGGUGGGUUUGGUGUAAUGUUGAUCAAAAUGCUGUCUUUCUAGGUGUGUGAUGUUGUGGUAAGCAACUCUUGUGAGGCUUUUGUGGGUUCUUUAUCUUCUCGAGAGUUUCGUUGAACUUUUGAGGUGAAAUAAAGUUAGAGUUUGUUGUAACUUGAAGCUGAUCAAAGCUUUACAGUGUAAAGUUUUCAACUUUGAGGUCUUCUGCUGUGUUCUUCUAGGAAUGGCGUAUCAGAUUCCUGCUUAAGGAACUUAUAAGGAUUUAUAAACUGAUUUCUGAUGAGCUUUCUAACUUGAAGAUCUUAAUCAAGUUGUUCUGUAUGAGCUUGGAAUUGGAAUCAUGUGCUUUGGUCACGAACUGGCUUUCGUGUUUUGAAGGGAGACGCUGGAUUCUUGAAAGUAUGAUACUGAAGAAAGAUUCUAGAUCUAGUAUGCUGAGUUAGAAGUUCAUCUGGAAGGGAAAAAUCAGUUUAUUCAACAUGGAUUUGUUGAAAGUUAGAAAGUUUAGGAAAGCUCACAAACGAGACCCAGAAAAUGAUUUGGAAGACAAGUCUGUUCCACAAUCUGAGGAACCCAAAAAUGAGAAUGUGGGUGGUGAUGAUUUGAAUAAAUCACCUAAAACCGACUCAAGUUAUGAGUAUGAGGAUGAUGAUGAUGAUUUUAUAACUAAUGAGGUGAAAAGGAGGCUGAAAGAGCUCAAAAGGAAUAGUUUCAUGGUGCUGAUUCCAGAAGAGGAGUCGUGUCCGGAAGAGGAGGAUGAUGAGGAAGAGGAGGGUGGCGAGAUGAGCUACCGUGAGUGGAGAGAUGUGGAGGCAGAGGGUAGGCAAUGGUGGGGUGGAUUUGAUGCUGUUUAUGAUAAGUAUACCGAGCGAAUGCUGUUCUUUGAUCGGAUGAUUGUGCAGCAGCUCAAUGUAGCUGGGCCUCGAAUUCCUUCAACUCCAUCUCCAAAAUCUGUGUCAAAAAAGGUUCCAUCUCCAUUUCGCUGUCUUUCUCUAAAAAAGAUUGAAGAACCUGAAGAAGAAGCAGAGCAUCCACAGCAGCCAACUAACGAUCCUUAUCAGGAUCUUGAAACUGCGUAUGUAGCUCAAUUGUGCUUAACUUGGGAGGCACUUCACUGCCAAUACACUCAACUCUGUCAAAAGAUCUCAUGCCAACUCGAAAAUCCCACAUGUUUCAACCACAGUGCUCAGCAGAUUCAACAGUUCCAGGUGUUAUUACAAAGGUUUAUGGAAAAUGAGCCUUUUGAACAAGGUCUUAGGCCUGAAAUUUAUGCUCGUACCAGGAAUGUUUUACCAAAACUGCUUCAAGUUCCAAUUAUAAAAGGUUCAGCCCAAAAAGAGAAAGAGACCGAGGAAGAAGAAUCCAAUUUCGCGGUCCUUGCUUCUGAUCUUAUCAAGAUUAUUGAGAGUUCGAUCAUGACUAUGUACCUGUUCCUAAAGAUGGACAAGACAAAGUCAGGUGUUCUUAACCUGUUUGGAAAUCAGAGCCAAAUUGCAUCCCCUGUUCAUCAAGUUCAAUCUUCUCUUGAAAAGAAAAAGAUGAAGCUGAAGGAACUGCGUAAAAAGAGUAAGGGCUUUAAAAAGAAGUCCUGGCCUCAAACAUGGGAAGAUAUUCAGCUGCUGUUUGGCCUCAUAGACGUUAAAAUCAUGUCAAGGGUUCUCAGAAUGGUGAGGAUCACCAAAGAGCAGUUGUCUUGGUGCGAAGAAAAGAUGAAAAAGUUAGAUUUAUCAGAAGGAAAGUUGAAAAGAGAUCCGUCUCCUAUCCUUUUUCCUUAAUGAUAGUUGUAGGGAAAAAUUGAGCAAGCAAAUUUAUCAGACGGUCAACUGCAAAGAGAUCCUCCCCUAGUUCUUUUCAAUUUUUGGGUGCUACUCAGGCCGUUCAGUAAGGAUGAUACAGAAACCAAUCUUCCAUUUGUAGUCAGCUCAAGGUUUCAUGAUUCUAGCUUUAUGUUACUGAGUGUCAUAAAGACAAUAGGGAUGUAUUGGGAAGUUUUGGUGCCAAAGUCUUCCAUAGAUGGAAAUUAUAUUGCAUAUGGUUAAAACUAUUUUUUGAUGUGCACUAGUGGCACAAAGGAAGAAGUUUUUGUGUUAUCUUUGGGAAAAUGGGUGUCCUGUGGGCAUUAGUAGGGAGAAGGACAAGUGAAAGGGGAGCAUCACUAGCCUCUGAUUUGAUAAAUGUAAGCUUGUUUAAUGAAAAACUGUAUGAAGUUGUAGGAUGGUGUUAUUUGUCUUUGCAACCAUAUUGUUUUGUUGCAGAGAGAAAUUAUUAAUGUGUUGUGAAAAAGUGAUUUCUAAAUUUGUCUUCUUAA